AUGAAGCCCCCCCCUCCCCUCCCUCCACUAAUAAUGAUAUCACGCCCUUCCCACCAAUUUCCCCCCCCCCCGGGUCGCCUUUUCCCAAGGACUGUCACUGACACUGACAGCGACACUAUCGCUAUCGACUGGCCGGAGGAUUGGACGCUCACCGCAUUCGCUAGGUUCUCCUGCAUCUCUCAGACAAACGACGGUGACCCGCGCCUCCUUUGUCCUGGUCUCCCAUUACUUCCCCUCUUCCGGCGCCUGGACCGAAUGUGCGACCCCGAUACCCAACCUCUCACCGGACUCCAUGUGGUCUCAUAA